AUGAAUUCCCCAGGAGGAGCUGCAUGGACAAUUCUCGGUGUCACAACGUUUGCUGUGCUCUUCAAUGCAACGAAAUUUUUCGAAGUUGAGGUCACCAUAAAUCCAGAUUGUCCAGAUGGGAAAGAUUGGCAGAGCUAUAUUCUAUUACCAUCAGCAAUGGCAGCUAAUCCAGUCUACCAGCAAGUUUACGCAUUAUGGCUGUCAAACCUGGUUAUGGUAUUCCUGCCGUUCCUCACAUUACUUGUACUAAAUGCUAUUAUAGCCUAUACAAUCCGCAAAAGUCUAGAAAAAUUCGACUGCCAUCAGCAAAAGUGA